ACACCGCGGGAGCCGCCUCUCCCCUUCCAGCCGCCGCAGCCCCUCCGGGGCAUCGCUGCUGCAAGUUCCCCGGAGGCAGGCGCCAGGGUGUCUCCUCCGGACGCCGGGAAGCGGUCACUGCCCACGGGCUGUCCAUUUGCCCCGGCCCGGCCGGGGCCGUGAAACGGCGGCGAGGGAGAGCAGUCCCCGGAGGGCAUUUCCCGGAGGCAGCGGGGCCAGGACCUGGCAGGAAAUGGAAGGAUGAAGUGUGUAGCCGGAGCGCUGAUGUUCCUUCUCUUCUUGCUUUCCCCCGCAGGAACGUAAUCCGCAAUGCUAGUUCUCAGGUUGCUCAAUGUUGUGGCUCCAGCCUACUUCUUGUGCAUCUCCCUAGUGACCUUCGUCCUCCAGAUCUUUCUCUUCAUCCCCAGCAUGUUCAGAGACCCUUCCACCACCCCACUUUUCUCUCCUGCUCUGCUGCAUGGGGCCCUCUUCCUCUUCCUCUCAGCUAAUGCCCUGGGCAACUACGUCCUUGUGAUCCAGAGCUCCCCCGAGGACUUGGGCAAGGACUUAAACUUGGGCAAAGGAGGCGAAGUGGCGGACUGGCUGGAUGGAAGCAGGUCCCCUGGCUCAGCCUUGCCCAGCACUCACUUCUGUAGACUGUGUGCCAGAGUCACCCAGAGGCAUGACCACCACUGUUUCUUCACAGGGAACUGCAUUGGGAGCAGGAACAUGCGAAACUUCAUCAUGUUCUGUCUCUACACCUCCCUGGCUUGCCUCGACUCCCUGGUGGCAGGCAUGGCUUACAUUUCUGCUACACUCUCCAUGUCCUUUGUGGACCCACUGGCCUUCCUCACUCUUCUGCCUCACUCUAUCAGCCAGUUCUUCUCAGGAGCUCUCCUUAGCUCUGAGAUGUUUGUCAUCCUCAUGCUCUACCUCUGGCUUGGGAUCGGACUGGCCUGCGCUGGCUUCUGCUGCCACCAGAUGCUGCUGAUCCUGCGUGGGCAGACUCGAUACCAGCUCUUUUCCAGAAAGCCAGGGGAAUGAAGAAUCCUUGAAGAUUACACCAAAAGUCAGCAAAUAUGGACCAAGCAGUUCUUCAGUCCUUUUAUGGAGCCAUCCUGGCAGCAGCCUUGUCUUCAUUACACCAAAGAGCUUUCAGCAUUGGUUGUCCUACUGAAUCUGACUGGCAAGUGAUGUCAGAGGUCUGGCAGGCCAGUCCCAUGUCUCUUAAGGUUUUUGGAGCCAGAUUCCUCUAGUAUCCCCAGAUGUUUACAAAUAAAAAAAUGCAAGUUCCCAAGUACCAAGUGUCAUACACUAUUUGCACAGUACCUCAUUUAACAUGUUGUCAGUCACCUUAACAGUAGUUCCAGAAUUGCUAUCAAUUAAAAACAAAGGGACCAUGUUAAUCAGUUUACUUCAAAAGAGGCAAGGCGGUGGAUGGCAAUAGCAAGUUCUAUGUGAAAGUUUCAUUUGUCUGCUACUGAUUUUACUGUAUAUACACCAUCUUAGAGGAAUGCACAGCCUCUGGCCUAUAUUUCAGCUGUUUUGCUCAGUCUGUCUUUAUCACCAUUCAUUCACAGAUUCAUGUUAUUAUCAUGCCUGACUGGAAAAUUUUCAUUAGCUGUCAGGUCAGUGUUUUUACUGCUUGUAUUGGACAAGAAGAGAUAAGACCUGAACUUAUGUAUCAUCAGACUACUGAAAAAACAAUAGAUUGGCUUGUCAUUGCAAUACCCUUAAUAAUCUUAUACGUUCACUGUGCAAGAGAGUUAACACAGUGGACACACACGAGAGUACCCUAGGAGCUAACAAGCAGCUUCUGAAUGCAGCCAUGUCACAGAGGUUAUUACCAAGGAAUUAUGUUCUCAUCCAGAACUGCUUAAGACCAGAGAUGAGCUUUAUGGUCAGUGACAAAAAAUCCAAGAAACAGAUCAGCAAGGACUCCUAGUGGUUUAUGAUUGCUGGGAGGAACUUGUUGACCAGUAUAGCACAAGCAAUCUUUGUAGGCCUAAACGUGAACUGCCAAAGUCAAGCAGGUCCACAAAGUCCAGAUGCUAUGAAAGCUGCUUUGAGAAAAAGCUUCAAAAUAGCAUUACCUAAAGGAGAAAGUGAUUUGCUAAUUAAGAAUUCUCAAGAACUCCAUGCUAAGAUCAAUGUUCUGAGUCCUUCAAGACUUGGAGAACAUGAGCCCCUACUGAGAACUUUCAGGAAUCAGUUCUUUAUUAAUGUCCACAGAGUUUGAGACUCAAGGCUGUCACUACAUGUUCUCCCAAAACAAAGAGUGCUAUAUUAAGCGUGGUUUAUGCAGCACUGAAGACCACCAUAGGUCAUUCCAGUAGCAUGUAUUGAUACUGUGAUUUUCUUCUCCAGGGAACACCUGUAACAAUCAGUGGGAUAGAUUAGUCUGAGAAAACCAUGAUUAAUUAAGCAGUAUAUUACACUAAAGAAAACUUGAUCGAGAUGUUGGAAGUAUUAUUGUCAAGAGAAAUAAUUCUUCCUUUUCUCUUCAAGCCAUGGUAUAGGGUAUAAAAAAAUCUUUUGGACUGAUCUAUCAAUGUCUUUGAAGUAGUAUGCACUAAACUGCAAUUUACUGACAGCUCUGGCUGUCUUUUUUUAUGCUUCCAUUAUCACCAACCAUCCAAGGGAGUAAGUCAAUUUGUGAAUAUGAAGCUAUUGAAAUAAGCUACGAAAGCAAAAUGUGGAAACAAAGUUCUACCUGGCUGUCAGAGAUGCAGUUCAUAGAGACCUAAAAUCUCUUUUAAAGCUCUGGAAGCAAAGCUAAAAAAAUAAUUUCAUGCAAGGAGGAAAGGUGAAACUUCAUAUCAAACUCUAAGACCCAGUUUCUGGCUCCCAGAACGGGAGUGUUUUUCAGGUGUAUGGAUUCAGCCCACCACCAUCUUAGAUCAUUCCACUGCUUCAGGAUAGACAGGGAUGUCAGAAGUUUGACUAUAUAAUCAAUGGAGCUGGCAGGCACAGUCAGCCUGGACAGAGCCAAUAUCCUGUUGCAAGAGAUGCCAUCAGCUCAGAAGGAAAUGUUACUAUCCAGGCUGUCAAAAGGGCACUAAAAGCCCCUUAGCUUUUACUAAGCUAAGGUAAGGAUUUUUCCUGUAACACAGAAGCUUCCUAUCAGAUCCAGGUACAGAAGAGAAAGAAUUCUGUAGUCAGGCUGGAGGUCAACACCACAUUUCUCCCGUUUGCAAUCUCUUUUUGGCUUUGUGUAUGGACUACUCAUGAACUAAUUUGGCCAAAACUUGUUCAGCAUCAUCCAAACCUAUUGGCAUCUACUCAGAAGGGAUGAAUUUCAGCAGGGGCUCAUAAGGAUACAUAUUAUGUUGAUGGGAAAAGAGAAGAAAUGUGUGAAAUAUGUGAAGGAGCAUGUCAACCCAGCCUGAAAAUUAUACCAUGAUGGACAAACUCAAUAUGAACCUGCAGAACAAGAUGUCAGGAUUUCGUGUUGCAUAUGAAGAGGAACACAAAGCAAAAAAAUCACAAUAAACUUUUUCUAUCAUUCUUUAAUGCAGUAAAGACAUGGAAUAUUAUAUUCGGCAUUGUCUUCAUUAGUCAACCAGAUGGAAUUCACAGAAAAGCCACAAAUUAUUAAGAAGCUGUAAGAUUUGAAAAAUUGUUAUUUUUGUUUACCUUGAGAAAUUACAGCUAAAGUGGAUGUAAGGAAAAUGUGGCAACCAUGCAUGUAUUUUGGAGGAUGGGAGAAAUAAUUCUUGUUAGACAAACAAGCAUCAGUUAGAAACAGUUCAAUUUAAGAAAAAGAAAUGAUAUGUUAACAUUUCAGGAAAUACUUCCAAAUAGCACUUCUUCCACUCUCAGCCUUUAGAAUAAACUUAGGUUGGAGAAGCUGAAAUCUUCACAUCUAGGGAGCUACAGAAUGAACAGGGUAAACUGCAGUGAAUAGAGAACUGCCUGCUGUUGCUGGAAAAGUAAUUAAUAAUAGUGGGGAAAAAUAAUCCAGAGAAGCUUCUAUUUUUUACCUAGACAGUUGCUCAAGCUUGAUCCAAGAAGAGCUACCCUUUUCUAUUCUGCUUUGCACUUGUUGCCAUCUCAGCCGGGUUUGAAAUAUUUAUUUGUACCAGUGCUAAUUUAUUUAAUAGAAGUAACAUGAAAUACAAAUAGUUGUGCAAAUAAAGUUAUAUAUAGGUGAUAUGUGUUGAAAGAAACAAAAACCAGUGUUUUGGUCUUCUCUUCAUAAGCAUGGGAUUAGAGCAUGAUUCCCACAUGGCUUCUGUUCGUAAAUGCUACAGCAGUGAUUGACAGAUGGCAGAGAAUGUCACAAUUUUACAUCCCUAAAGCAGUUUUUGUUCAAUGAGUUAGGAUGAUAUUUCUCACCAUUUCAAUAGGACUAAGAGAUACCCAAGCUGCUUCUGUUUUUACCUUUUUUUAUACUUUCACGUACUGCCAGAAUGACCACUCCAUGCCUGUGUAAACUGAAGAAAACACACUUAUAUUUGUAUUUGAUUUUUUUAACCUUGAAAUGAGCAGUUAGGUAUGUCAACUUCCCAUAAGACAACUUUCAGAUGGUUUGGAAAAACACUGUCAGUUAAGAACUUCUGGAAAUGUCAGGACCCUCUAAUAGAGCAGCUACAUAAACACAUG